UUCUAUCAUUUGUAAUGUAUACACUUGCACUGUCGUGUAAUGAAGCGGCAUGACAAAGCAGUACGAGCUAUGUAACUCGAUUUCAUUUUACAGUAAUUGUUGUUAAUUUUAUUAAUAAAAAUGGUGAGUUUUUUUGGUGAAGUGGUGUUUCCAGUUUCUCGAGCGUUUUGGGACGAAGAAGAUGAAAAUGAAUCAAAUGAAAUUGCGAUUAAUGAACCCGAAUUUUCUGUUCGAUGGUUGCAAGAAAAACCGGCUCAAAUUGACACAUUAAUUGUUGUUGAAGGAGAAAUGUUAAUUGAUUUUUCUAGAGAAUGUUUGUGUCAAAGUACAGAAGAAGCAUGCCUUGUGGAAGAUAAGAACAAAACAAAAAUCUGCAUAAUUUAUCAAGUUAAUAAUGGAAUAUAUUUAUGUGAUGUGUCGCCACGAUUUGAUGUGAAAUUCUCCGGCAAAUUGGUCGAUAAGAUGUCUGAAAUUUUUUUAAACACAAAAAGCACUAUUAGUAUAACGUCUCGUCACAUUUCACACUUUAAAUGUAAAGACAGACCAGUUGUACCCGCCUUUUUGAGAAUGUUAGUUUCAAAGAAUGGGCAGAGUGUUUGUAGUUUGAAAGAGCCUCUUUUGGAGCAACCAAACAUUAUAUUCGGAGUUANUAUCAUGUAUAACUUUAGCAUGUGA